CAAUGAUUAUCAGUAUCUAUGUUGAAGGUUCAGUUUGUUUUAUAUUGGGCAAUAAAAUGCGUAUAGUCAUUAUCAGUAAAAAAAAAUCGGUGUUGCUUAUUCGAUCAACUAUAGAACCAUAAUAACAAUUAUAAUCCCCUAAAUCUAAAAGGCAGCUUUAUUAUAUAUCUCCUUCAUGUAAUUUUUAACUCUCACUUUUGUAGUUACAGAAUUUUCAUUUAACGACAUUGCUAGCUCAUUUACGGCUCCACUGUGUUCCCGUAGUAAAACCGUUUACACCACAUCUUCUUUUAGGUAUUUUGCUCAUUUGUUAGUCAAUAACAGUAACACAUAAUCAGUCAGUAAUAAAAACGAACAAAAUGUAUCACCUAUUUUAUUAUCACAACCUUUACUAAUAUGCAUCUUUUAUAGUGAGUGUUUAUUGGAGGCCAGUACUGGAUAAGGGGAUGAAAUGUGGACGGUUUCAGGUCGCUGUCAUGCUGGUGUAGCUGGUUCAGUUUUACGUAAAAUAGGCGGAUUCUGGCAGCUUAUCUGUCUUCUGUGCCAGUAAGAAAAUCACGGAAGUUGAAAUAUGAUAAUAGCUUUUUUUGUAUUACCUUUGCGACAUUAAGGCAAACACUGUUCUGGGGACAUAUGAUCAUUACAGUAAGCAGAUAUCAUAUUUCAAAAUACGUUCAAUCUUGUAUACCUUUUUGCAGGAUUUCCUGUUCACAAGUAAUAGCCCGCUUGUUUCAUUGCUCUUGUAAUAAUACAGAUGAGGAUUCACCUGAGGAAACAGUUUUCUGUUACAACGGGUAUUUCAAAUGAAACUGGAACAAGAUAUUCAGGGGAGAAAUGAAGUUUCAGAAGAUUCCCUGCAUCUGUGCGAUCAUCACAACAGUGCUGUCACUGAUUUGGUACAUUCACAUUACCGGCCUUAUUGGAGUCCAUGUUACACUGGAUAAGAGACUGCAUGGCUAUAUCAGGAUCACACCAGUAAAAAUGAGCCAGUACCUGGAUAUCCACCCCAAAGAAUGUGCAUUAGUAUCCAGCUCAGGUCAGAUGCUGAAGUCCAACAUGGGCAAGGAAAUCGACCAGGCUGAGUUCGUGAUCCGCAUGAACAAUGCACCUACUGUGGGAUAUGAACAGGAUGUUGGGAGCAGAACUGAUCUCCGUGUGGUGUCUCACACCAGUGUACCACUGUUACUCAAGAAGGAGAAGCACUACUUUCAGCAGACUGCAAGUACCAUUUAUGUUGUAUGGGGCCCGGAAAAGAAUAUGCGUCAAGAUGGCAAAGGCAGGAUUUUUAACGCUCUCUGGAGAGUGGCUACAAAGUACCCCAACGUUAAGCUGUAUGUGAUGACCAGGCAGAAGAUUCAAUAUUGUGACAGUGUUUUUCAGAAGGAAACUGGGAAAAACAGAAUGAAGUCUGGGACCUUCCUAAGCACUGGCUUCUUUACCAUGGUACUGGCUAUGGAAAUGUGUGACAGCAUUCAAGUUUACGGGAUGAUCGAUGAUAAUUACUGCAGCAAGGCGAACCACACGGUGGCGCCAUACCACUACUAUGAAAAGUACCCUGCCAAUGAGUGCUCAAUCUACCGCAUCCACGAGAGGGCGCACCGCGGUGGUCACCGCUACAUCACCGAAAAGACCAUCUACGGCAGGUGGGCCUCACAGAGAAAGAUCCGGUUCAAACAUCCAUCAUGGACAGAGCUGGAAAAGCUGGAGUGAGUCCCUAUAUACGGAGUUCCUAUGCAGGAUGGAAAAGUACGGAAUCUGAUUUUGGUGUUUUCCAACUCUGGAUAAGUAUGGAAAAAGGAAAGUAUCGAAGUAUUUCUGUUUCUGGAGUAUUGCAAAGAAUUGGCCUACUGUAUAUUUCUAAAAAUUUUUUUAAAUGUUUUUGAUACAAUCAAACAAUAUGACCUGGUUGUCAUCGGCCAAAUUGCACAGGGAAAACACGGACAGGUGUGUCUGUGUGCUGGGUGCUUGAUUAAUCUCGAGAAAUACUGUUGUAGGAUAUCUCGCAAUUUGCAAUGCUCACGUUGGACUUGCCAUUGUCAAAUGCUUUAACUUGUUAACUAAGCAUCCCGAAUGUAAACGGAAAGCAAAAUGCAGAGUUGUUUGGAACACGGGUGGGUUUUUAGCCACGUGGCGGGCAGAAGCGAUGCAGUCUAGUUGCAGCCAGUGUUGGACCCUGGUAAUGAGAAAAAUUGUCUAGAGCAGCAUCUUCUGAAGGGGCACCUACUUUGCAAAUCACCGGCACCAAAUGGGACGUAUGUAGGAACCCUGUGUAUGUGCAGUCUUUUCGGUCUCUGCGCUUCGACAAAAGGAUGUUCCUUGGAUGGCUAUUUAUGAAAACAACUGUAUGAUUUUGACCACAGGGAUUUCCAAACUCCAUCCUCACUCUGGUCAUUUUACUCCUUCUGUUGUAUUUAUUUGAUUUAUAUAAAAAGAGACAACCAGUUUGAAAAGUGAGGUGUGUUUUCCAGAAACUGGAGGGAAAGUUUACAAAAAAAUUAUAGGCAUCACCUGACAACUAGUUUCUUAUAUCUAGAGGGUAUGAUGUAUUAUGAUGUAUUAAAAAACAUCCAUGGAUAGAUAAAUUGUUGUAAAUAUUUCCAGUGUUUUUUGACAGUAAUGUAGCAACAGUUUUUUUGUGUGUUUAACCCUUUUUGUUGUUUUGGAGAUACUUUCAAUAUAGAAUAGCAUUGCAAGAAUGUAUCAGUCAUGCUUACAGACUGAAAUUUGUUAGUUUAUUUUAUGGGUAGUAGCUCAGUGGGUAGCCCUGUAGCCUCAGACCUCCAGAGCUGGGAAUUGAGAUGAUGCAUGUUUUCCCAGUGUCCAUUUGCUCAGGGUUUUCUGUUUUCUCCGAAAUCCAAAGACAUACAGGCAGUAAACUGCCAUCUCUAAAUUGUCUGUGUGUGUGUAUGUGUGGAUUAGGUUUAUAUUACAUUGUGGGGACCCAAGUGUCCCCCCACAAAGUGAUAAAAGCCUGUUGUAUGGACAGUUUUUCAGGUCCCCACAAAUAUCUGUGAAUGCAAUCAAAAAAGUAAAAAUGCCAAAUUCCUGUAUUUUCGUAUUUUGUUUGGUUACUUAUGGUUAAGGGUAGCCAAUGGAGAGAUAAAUGGAGAGUCCCCACAAAGAUAUGACUACAGGUAUAUGUGUGUGUGUGUGUGUGUGUGUGUGUGUGUGUGUGUGUGUGUGUGUGUGUGUGUGUGUGUGUGUGUGUGUGUGUGUGUGUGUG